AGCUGUUUCUCAUAUUUUUAUAGCAAUUUCGGUUUUUUUUCAUUUAGCAUAGCAAAUUGCAAAUUUUAUACGUUUUUACCAGAUUAGUUAAACAAGAAGUUGUAAACAAAUAUGCAGACUUGAUAUUAAGAACAAUAAAUGCAAAUAGAUCACAACAACCGCGCAUUUUUACCUCCAACAGCAACCAAUGCGGUUCUGAGUAGCUAUAGUGCGGAGAAAAGGCAAACAACGGUGAUUGGCUGUCCAUAGCACGCGAAGUUACGAUUAUCAAUAAAUGAAUAAUUAAUUGCGGCUUAUGCUAAUUGUUAAUUAGNAAAAACCUUACUGGUCAAUCAGGUGUUUUAAUUGCAGAAAAUUUAAAGGAAAAGUCGGCAGGAAAAAAUUGUUAGUGCAAAAUGUCCUACGACACGCUGACUAUAGAAGGUGAAAAGCAGGAGCCAGCAUUGUUACAAAAGCAUGCUAAGUUUUUUGUGAGAUUUUUAAAUUUACUGCCAGCGCGCCUAGCCUCACAUGACUCCACAAGGGGCACCAUUGCCUUCUUUGCUGUAUGCGGCCUGGAUGUGUUGAAUUCACUGACGCUACUAACACCACAAAUGCAAAAGGACAUUAUUGAAUGGAUAUAUGGUGGUUUGGUAAUUUCGAAGGAGGGAGAAACGAAAUGUUGCAGUGGCUUUCAGGGAUCACGUUGUGUUAACAUUAUUUCCGAUGAUGAGCAACUGCAGACUAAUGCCAGGUACUAUCAGUGGGGUCAUCUUGCAAUGACUUACACUGGUAUUGGCAUAUUGGCCACACUUGGUGAUGACUUGAGUCGUUUGGAUCGCAAAAGCAUUGUUGAUGGCGUAGCUGCAGUCCAACGCCCAGAUGGCAGCUUUAGCGCCUGUAUAGACGGCAGUGAGAACGAUAUGCGUUUCGUGUUUUGUGCAGCCGCCAUUUGCCAUAUGUUAGACUAUUGGGGAGAUGUGGAUAAGGAGAAAAUGUUCCAAUUCAUAAAAAGUUGUAUUCGUUAUGACAAUGGCUUCAGUCAGUAUUUGGAGGGUGAAGCGCAUGGUGGUACUACAUUUUGCGCUUUGGCUGCGUUAGAUUUGAGCGGCCAACUGCAUCGCUUAGACGAGACAACGAUUGAAAAUAUAAAGCGUUGGCUCAUUUUUAGACAAGUAAAUGGUUUCCAGGGACGUCCGAACAAAACUGUGGAUACCUGUUAUUCCUUUUGGAUUGGUGCAGCGCUACGUAUUUUAGGUGCCUUUGAACUAAUCGACUACGCCGAAAAUCGCGCCUACAUUAUGGAGACACAAGACAGCAUAGUCGGUGGUUUCUCCAAAUGGCCACAAUCUACAACAGAUCCAUUUCACACAUAUUUUGGUCUUUGUGGAUUGUCCUUCAUGAAUGAACCGGGCUUGUUGGAAGUUAUGCCUAGCUUGAAUAUAUCAAUGCGUGCAUAUAAUUGUCUGAAACAGGUACAUGCACAGUGGCGAACUGAUAAUGCAGAAGACAAAUUUGUUAGCAAAAAUACGUCGGCAUCAAAGCUUGGCAACGCUGAAAAUUCAACGUCCGUUACCUCGCCGCUUAUAGAUGCACAAUAAUGCGCAUUUGGUUUACUAAAUUUUUACAUUUAAUUAAGCUGAAAAUAAUUUGUUGGCAGUAGUUCGAGACCGGCCAUUUAUUUUUAAAGGUCUACGAAUUAGGUGUUGGAGUGUUUUUUUUUGUAAUAUGAGAAGCGAUCCGCUUUUAUUUUUUGUCUUGUAUCUAAUGCUUAUAUGUAGAUAUUCUGCAAUGAUUUUGCUUAUAACACUCCCCAAAAGAGUCAUGCAGCUGGUCACUCAAUUUUAACUCCUAAUCUGUAAUUUUUCUCUACAAAAACUAGUUUUCUACAGUUUCAGCUAAGUGUACGCGGUUCCGUUAAUAAGC